AUGGGAUUGCUUUUCAGACCAGAAGAUCAAAGACUUGGUUAUGAGUUCUAUAGUCCUCAGACAGUUGUGUCAAGACUUGGUUAUGAGUUCUAUAGUCCUCAGACAGUUGUGUCAAGACUUGGUGAUGAGUUCUAUAGUCCUCAGACAGUUGUGUCAAGACUUGGUGAUGAGUUCUAUAGUCGUCAGACAGUUGUGUCAAGACUUGGUGAUGAGUUCUAUAGUCCUCAGACAGUUGUGUCAAGACUUGGUUAUGAGUUCUAUAGUCGUCAGACAGUUGUGUUAAGACUUGGUUAUGAGUUCUAUAGUCGUCAGACAGUUGUGUCAAGACUUGGUUAUGAGUUCUAUAGUCGUCAGACAGUUGUGUUAAGACUUGGUUAUGAGUUCUAUAGUCGUCAGACAGUUGUGUCAAGACUUGGUUAUGAGUUCUAUAGUCGUCAGACAGUUGUGUCAAGACUUGGUGAUGAGUUCUAUAGUCGUCAGACAGUUGUGUCAAGACUUGGUUAUGAGUUCUAUAGUCGUCAGACAGUUGUGUUAAGACUUGGUUAUGAGUUAUAUAGUCCUCAGACAGUUGUGUCAAGACUUGGUUAUGAGUUCUAUAGUCGUCAGACAGUUGUGUUAAGACUUGGUGAUGAGUUCUAUAGUCCUCAGACAGUUGUGUUAAGACUUGGUUAUGAGUUAUAUAGUCCUCAGACAGUUGUGUCAAGACUUGGUUAUGAGUUCUAUAGUCGCCAGACAGUUGUGUCAAGAAUUGGUUAUGAGUUCUAUAGUCGCCAGACAGUUGUGUCAAGACUUGGUUAUGAGUUCUAUAGUCCUCAGACAGUUGUGUCAAGACUUGGUUAUGAGUUCUAUAGUCGUCAGACAGUUGUGUCAAGACUUGGUUAUGAGUUCUAUAGUCGUCAGACAGUUGUGUUAAGACUUGGUUAUGAGUUCUAUAGUCGUCAGACAGUUGUGUCAAGACUUGGUUAUGAGUUCUAUAGUCGUCAGACAGUUGUGUCAAGACUUGGUGAUGAGUUCUAUAGUCGUCAGACAGUUGUGUCAAGACUUGGUGAUGAGUUCUAUAGUCCUCAGACAGUUGUGUCAAGACUUGGUUAUGAGUUCUAUAGUCCUCAGACAGUUGUGUUAAGACUUGGUUAUGAGUUCUAUAGUCCUCAGACAGUUGUGUCAAGACUUGGUUAUGAGUUAUAUAGUCCUCAGACAGUUGUGUUAAGACUUGGUUAUGAGUUAUAUAGUCCUCAGACAGUUGUGUCAAGACUUGGUUAUGAGUUCUAUAGUCCUCAGACAGUUGUGUCAAGACUUGGUUAUGAGUUAUAUAGUCCUCAGACAGUUGUGUUAAGACUUAGUGAUGAGUUCUAUAGUCCUCAGACAGUUGUGUCAAGACUUGGUUAUGAGUUCUAUAGUCGUCAGACAGUUGUGUUAAGACUUGGUUAUGAGUUCUAUAGUCCUCAGACAGUUGUGUCAAGACUUGGUUAUGAGUUCUAUAGUCGUCAGACAGUUGUGUUAAGACUUGGUGAUGAGUUCUAUAGUCCUCAGACAGUUGUGUCAAGACUUGGUGAUGAGUUCUAUAGUCCUCAGACAGUUGUGUUAAGACUUGGUUAUGAGUUCUAUAGUCGUCAGACAGUUGUGUUAAGACUUGGUUAUGAGUUCUAUAGUCGUCAGACAGUUGUGUCAAGACUUGGUUAUGAGUUCUAUAGUCCUCAGACAGUUGUGUCAAGACUUGGUUAUGAGUUCUAUAGACCUCAGACAGUUGUGUUAAGACUUGGUUAUGAGUUCUAUAGUCCUCAGACAGUUGUGUUAAGACUUGGAACUACUGUACAAGGUAAAGUGUUUCAAGACUUCAACCUCCAGGUAUGUAGUUCCACCAGAAAGUUGUGUCAAGACUUCAACUUCCAAGUUACGAGGUUCGUAAGGUCCAUAAAGAGUUUUCUUUUAAAUGAUGUCAAUUUUGAUAUUUCUGUAUCUCCAGAAUGGAUGUUACAGAGACAGGACCUUUAAUGAGUAGUGUCCAUAGAUGGCCUGCACUGUAUAAAUAUUCAUUGAACAUUGGUAUAGACAGUUAUACCCUUCAGUAUUAGUAAUAAAGGUGUCCACAUUCCAAUUUAUUUGCAGAUAAAAAUUCAAAACAUAAGGCAUUUGGAGCAUCUAUUUCAUAAGAAAUUCCCACAUACUAAUGAUCCCAUCGUCGGGAUUGUGUACAAUUACAUUGUUUUCAUUGUUCUGAUGAAUUUUCUGUUCUCAUUCUUUUGAUUAAAUGUGUAAUGUUCUAA